AUGUCAACUCACGAAGACGACCUCGAUCUUCUGCUUUCUCUUCAAGACAAAGUUCCUGAAACCCCUCCCGCUUCUCCUUCACCGCUUGAUUUUGAUGGCGACGACGAUUUUCUACCGCGGUGGGAGACACCUGAUAUGUCCGUUUUCAAAGAUGCAGUUCAGGAUUGCCUUCUCAACCAACCCUCUAACCCUAACCCUAACCCUAAUCCUAAUCAUAAACCAAACAACAAAUCUAAGUCACUCGGCGAACUCGACAAAUUCUCUGGUCUUCGCAUAAGGGACCAAUGUUUAACACCAGCUGAGCUUAGGGAACAACUUCAAGACAUUCGUUUUGUUCGCCUACCCGUCAUCAAGAAUUUGGUGAAUGGGGAUACUUUCUCUGGAAAUUGGGUAACUAUUGGAGUGUUGACUGAGAAGGGGAUUCAGAAAACAAGUUCAAAUGGGAAGAGCUUUUGCAUAUGGAAAAUUGGGUGUUUGGAUGAAAAUACUGUUCCUCUUUUCUUGUUUGGAAAUGCUUAUCAGAGGAAUUGCCAAGAGAAGGCAGGAACGGUCUUUGCACUCUUUAAUUGUGGUGUUCGCAAGGAUGCCAAGGCUAAUGGUUUUUCUUUGAGUAUAUACUCCCCUAACCAAAUUGUGAAGAUGGGCACCUCUGUAGAUUACGGAGUUUGUAAAGCGAAAAGAGCGGAUGGGGUGGCAUGUACAAUGGCUAUAAAUAAGCGUCAGGGGACUUAUUGUAAAUAUCAUAAAUCAAAAACAUCCGAGAAGUAUUCCACCGUAAGAACUGAACUCAAAGGAGGAAACUUAAGGUCAGCAUUUAGGCCUAGAGAUUAUCUCAAGUCAGAAGGAAUAUACUUAGUUGACCCCCUUGCCGACAAAACAAACAUGAAGAAGUCUAAGCCAGUGAAAUUGUUAUCCGUCGAUAGUCUCAGAAAGGCUUUGAGCAAUGCAGGAAAAGUAACAACAGCUUCACACUCGCAAGGGAUUAGAUUUCUUUCGGAGGUUGCAGGUAAAUUUGAUCCAAACAUGAUGAAAAAAGGACCAAAGAUUCUAAACGAACACAGCAAACAAACAGAGAAGAGGAAGUCAUCUUAUGCGACUACGGGAUACUCUACUGUCAAUAAAAACCAACAGUCAGAUGUAAAAAGGGUAAAAACAGAGGGGCAAUGUUCUGUUGAUAAAACCACAAAGAGUGCAAUAAAUAUGAUUGACUUAGAUCUUAUUAGUUCUGAUGACGACUACUGA